AUGAACCACCCGGUCCAGCGUCAUCAACCACCCGGUCCAGCGUUAUCAACCACCCAGUCCGGCGUCAUCAACCACCCAGUCCGGCGUCAUCAACCACCCGGUCCAAAGUCAUCAACCACCCGGUCCAGCGUCAUCACCCACCCGGUCCAGCGUUAUCAACCACCCAGUCCGGCGUCAUCAACCACCCAGUCCAAAGUCAUCAACCACCCGGUCCAGCCGUUAUCAACCACCAGGUCCAGCGUCAUCAACCACCCGGUCCAGUGUCAACAACCACCAGGUCCAGCGUCAUCAACCACCCGGUCCAGUGUCAACAACCACCAGGUCCAGCGUCAUCAACCACCAGGUCCAGCGUUAUCAACCACCCGGUCCGGCGUCAUCAACCACCCGGUCCAGCGUCAUCAACCACCCGGUCCAGCGUCAUCAACCACCCGGUCCAGCGUCAUCAACCACCCGGUCCAGCAUUAUCAACCACCCGGUCCGGCGUCAUCAACCACCCGGUCCAUAGUCAGCAACCACCAGGUCCAGGGUUAUCAACCACCCGGUCCAGCGUUAUCAACCACCCGGUCCAGCAUCAUCAACCACCCGGUCCAGCGUUAUCAACCACCCGGUCCAGCAUCAUCAACCACCCAGUCCAGCGUUAUCAACCACCCGGUCCAGCGUCAUAAACCACCCGGUCCAGCGUCGUCAUCAACCACCCGGUCCAGCGUCAUCAACCACCCGGUCCAGCAUGGACCUAGCGUAGCAGGCUCACUCGUCAUCAACCACCCGGUCCAGCGUUAUCAACCACCCAGUCCGGCGUCAUCAACCACCCAGUCCGGCGUCAUCAACCACCCGGUCCAAAGUCAUCAACCACCCGGUCCAGCGUCAUCACCCACCCGGUCCAGCGUUAUCAACCACCCAGUCCGGCGUCAUCAACCACCCGGUCCAAAGUCAUCAACCACCCGGUCCAGCGUUAACAACCACCCGGUCCAGUGUUAUCAACCACCCGGUCCAGCGUCAUUAACCACCCGGUCCAGCGUCAUCAACCACCCGGUCCAGCGUUAUCAACCACCCGGUCCAGUGUCAUCAACCACCCGGUCCAGGGUAAUCAACCACCCGGUCCAGGGUAAUCAACCACCUGGUCUGGCGUCAUCAACCACCCGGUCCAGCGUUAUCAACCACCAGGUCCAGCGUCAUCAACCACCCGGUCCAGUGUCAACAACCACCAGGUCCAGCGUCAUCAACCACCCGGUCCAGUGUCAACAACCACCAGGUCCAGCGUCAUCAACCACCCGGUCCAGCGUUAUCAACCACCCGGUCCGGCGUCAUCAACCACCCGGUCCAGCGUCAUCAACCACCCGGUCCAGCGUCAUCAACCACCCGGUCCAGCGUCAUCAACCACCCGGUCCAGCAUUAUCAACCACCCGGUCCGGCGUCAUCAACCACCCGGUCCAUAGUCAGCAACCACCAGGUCCAGGGUUAUCAACCACCCGGUCCAGCGUUAUCAACCACCCGGUCCAGCAUCAUCAACCACCCGGUCCAGCGUUAUCAACCACCCGGUCCAGCAUCAUCAACCACCCAGUCCAGCGUUAUCAACCACCCGGUCCAGCGUCAUAA